UGUUUACCUCGUUCCUUGGGGUUUUGCAGCAAGGUCCUCACGAUCAAAAGAAUUGGAUGUCUUUGUAGCAUACAUUUCUUAUUAUUUCUAUUAUUAUAUUAUUACAUUUCGUAUUAUUAUUGUAAACAAUAUGAAGGCCAACGGAUCUCUCAUUUUAUCUGUUUCGAAGAUAUUUCAUAAUGUUCUACGGCCAAUAGAAGUAACAUCGAUUGCUAGCAGGUCAAUUCACUUGACAGCAGCUUGUGAAAAGAAGCAAGCAGGUCGUUACAAAAGGUCUCCAAAAGGUGACAAGCCGCUGAAUUACGAGCAGGCCAACCCGCCGCAUACAAUUGCUCAUUUGAAGUCAUGGAACUCGUGGAAUACUUCCAACCUCCAAGGCGGGUUGCGGCCUGCAAAGACCCUUUUUGAAGAUGUAUUCAUAAGAAAAUUCAUGUUUGGUACCUGGCACAAUUUAUUUGUGUCUGAAGUCAUAAUCAAACGCCAGCACAAUAUGAUAAGGAUAGCUGGGAUCAUUGUCCGCUCAUUGCCUCCCAGGAAGAUAUACUUUCUAAUCGGCUAUACAGAAGAAAUUCUAAGCUACUGGCUGCAAUGCCCUACCAAACUUGAACUCCAGACUGUCGAUAGCCGAAAAGAUGUUACUUUCAAAUAUAUCUAAUUCUAUAUUUUAAUUUCAAAAUGAAUUGUACAAUUAGUGUUUUUGUAGAAUUUUGUAUAUAAAUAUACUAUAUUUAAGGUCA